GUGCCGUGGACUCGCUGCUUUUUCCUGCUCCGGUCCCGACCUGCGCCAGGCAGUCGGCAGAGAGGUGGCUAGAGCGAGCGGCGAUGACUUCCAGCUACUCCAGGUUUCUGUGGCUCCUAAAGUCAUCGGUCAUAGUCCUAGGACUUGCUGUUGUUGUAUUUAUGUUGAGAAGUGAGUCCUUUCAAGCAGUGUUCAGCACCUCUAAGCCAGAGUUCCCGCAGCCUGCGCCGGUCAGCCAAGCGCUGAAACUUCUACCAGAGGAGCGUCUGAGGAACCUGUUUACCUACGAUGGCAUCUGGCUCUUCCCUAAAAAUCAAUGCGACUGUGACUCUGGCCAACUGCGAAGAAAAUAUAAUUUUCAGGAUGCCUAUAACAAAAAUGACCUCCCAGCUGUGAACGCCAGGAGACAGGCAGAAUUCGAACACUUUCAGAGGAGAAAAGGGCUGCCCCGCCCACCACCUCUCCUGGCGCCACCCAAUCUGCCCUUUGGAUACCCGGUCCAUGGUGUGGAGGUGAUGCCCCUGCACACAAUUCUCAUCCCAGGCCUCCAGUAUGAAGGACCAGAUGCCCCAGUCUAUGAGGUCACCCUGAGAGCUUCUCUGGGGACAUUCAACACCCUUGCUGACCUCCCAGACAGUGUGGUGCAGGGCAGAGGCCAGAAGCAGCUAAGCAUUUCCACCAGACAUCGGGAGGUCCUGAAUUUCAUCCUUCAGUAUGUGACAUACACCAGCACAGUGUACCAGCUCCACAAGGUGGACAUAGUGAGUUUGGAGUCCAAGUCCUCAGUGGCCAAGUUUCCAGUGACCAUCAACCAACCGGUUGUACCCAAGUUGUACGACCCUGGACCUGGGCGGAAGCUCAGGAACCUGGUGACCAUUGCCACCAAGACUUUUCUCCGUCCCCACAAAUUCAAGAUCCUGCUUCAGAGUAUUCGAGAAUAUUAUCCGGACCUAACCGUGAUUGUGGCCGAUGACAGCAAGCAGCCGCUGGAAAUUAAAGAUGACUACGUGGAGUAUUACCGCAUGCCCUUUGGGAAGGGCUGGUUUGCUGGUAGGAACCUGGCCAUCUCACAGGUGACCACUAAGUAUGUCCUCUGGGUGGAUGAUGACUUUCUCUUCAACCACGAGACCAAGAUUGAGGUCCUAGUGGACGUCCUGGAGAAAACUGAGCUGGAUGUGGUGGGCGGCAGCGUACAGGGAAAUGUGUUCCAGUUCAAGCUGCUGUUGGAACAAAGCGAGAAUGGGGACUGUCUCCACCAGAGGUGGGGAGGGUUCCAGGCCCUGGACGGCUUCCCUGGAUGCACAGUGGCCAGUGGUGUUACAAACUUCUUCUUGGCUCACACGGAACAACUCCGGAGAGUUGGUUUUGAUCCCAUCCUGCAACGGGUGGCUCACUCAGAGUUCUUUAUUGAUGGGCUGGGGAGCCUGUUGGUGGGCUCGUGCAAGGGUGUGACUGUACAGCACCAACCACGGACACCAUCGAAUGAUCCAGAACUGGCUGCCUUGGAGAAGUCUUAUAACAAAUACCGUACCAACACCAAUUCUCAGGUCCAUUUCAAGCUAGCUCUCCACUACUUCAAGAAUCAUCUCCAGUGCGCCACGUAAAGGCGCAAGGAACAGGAAACCCAAUAAAUGGAUUGGCUUUAGACAGC